GUUGGGGCGUUGAGGGCUGAGACUUUAGUUAGACCUGAAAAUCCACCGGAGAAACAAACGGAGAACAGGAGAAAGAAGGCAGAAUACCAGAACACAAAGAUGCUUGAAAACCCUACUCCUACAGCUGCAGAUUCCUCCACCGUCAAGCGCUAUGCUCCUCCCAAUCAACGGAAUCGUUCUCUCAACCGGCGGAAAUCGGGAGAUCGGUUUGAUCGGACUAACAAUUCUUAUGGGAAUGAUGGAGAGAAAAAUCAUCCUGUUACAGCAAGAAACAAUCCUACCAUAGAUCACGGGGACAUUGGCGGAGGCAAUAUCCCAAACGAGGAUGCUCGACCUGGUUUAAUAGUUUUAGAAGGGUGUUCUAGAAGUGAAGCCGCUCAGCUUUUGAAAGAUCGCUGGGCAGCAGCUAUGCAACAUUGCAAUGACCCAUCAAUAAACCCAUCUGAAAAACCAGUUAUGUACUCAGGAAGCAGUGAUUCAACCUGGAGAAAUUUAGGACUUCCCAGUCUUCCCCAUCAGAUGAUGUCUUCAACGAACAAUGUUGAAUCUUCAUCUGGCUCGCAGAUGGACUUCUUAGCUGAACUUCGUCAUCAAAUGCAUAAUGCCAAAAUUGACAAUUGAAACACCACUAACAAUCAUUGGUAUCUGAGUUUGUACUUGCCAAGUAAGGUCUUAGGCCUUGUGCUCCGACUGCCUAUUGUAUCUCUCAAUUAAUUUCUCAUGAAUGUUACUUUUUUUAGGCGAUCUUCAUAUUUACUUAAAAACAUUAUCCAGACAUUGUCUUUAAUCUAUAUCAUUGUUCUUAAGUUGAUCAUAAAUCUCUCAUGUUUUG